GUCAGAGGUGAUGGAGGGGCCAAGGACAACAUUUCCAAAGCCUGGUGUGUCACCAGCUCUGAUGAAAGAGGACCUCAGACAGGUAUAAAAGGGCUGCUCCAGGCUCCUGGGUCACACCGACGGAUCCAUCCCCUGCAAACUCUCCUUGGAGACCAGGGUCCCUCCAGAGCUCAGCCAUGUCCACCAGCACCCACAGCCACGCCGGGAGCCGGCAGUUGCCGGGGAACUGCACCCUGGAGAAGUCCCUGCAGACCAUCGUGGACAUGUUCCACCAGUACAGCGUCCGCCAGGGCGAGAUCGACCUCCUGAGCAUCGACGACUUCAAGACGCUGCUGACGGAGCAGGCGCCGUCCUUCCUGAGUACCUGCGACAGGAACCAGGCCGGCUACUUGGACAAGCUCUUCCAGGAGACCGACCUGAACAAGGACAAGGAGCUGAGCUUUGAGGAGUUCACCAUCGUGCUGAGCAAGCUGGCCGACGACGCCCACCGCAUCAGCCACGGCUCUGAGCGCUGCGGGCCGGACAAGGACUGA